UUUCGGGUCACAAAAACUGCGCUGAGUUUGCAGAUCUUUUUUAUGUUGAUCCACAUGUCAGUAUAAUGAUAGUGUAGUUGGUUGAUGAUCCGUAAAAUUGUCAAGUUUAGGCGUGUUAACAGAGCAAGAGAAAGAAUAGUUUCCCUUGUUAGUGACUCGAUCACUGUCCAAGCAAUGGUUCUAGAUAGUGUAUCUGCCGAAGUUGAUUUAUUAACCUAUGAAGCUUUGAAAAAUGAUGGGUGUUCAGAUUCAGCCCAAAAAGCCUUGCUUUUGCUUUUAAACUGCUUCUUGAACAAACCUAAUUGCACUCAUUCUCAUAUCAACGAUUUGCAUGCGGAAUGUACUGAACCUUUGUCUAAGCUGCAGUCAAACGUGUCUAAGAAUGGGUUAGAACAGUAUCAGGAGUUUUCGGUGUUCUCAAGGAAUCUAUCUUUGAUUGAAAUAAUCAGCGCACUUGUAUACACCUUGUCGGCAGACGACAUCAUUGCUUUGGAUAGAGCAUUAAAGUUCGGUCGUGAAGAUUACUAUAGUCUCAUGAAAAAUCCCUCCAGUCUUCCUAAAUUUAUAAAUUUUCAAAGUGAUGUGUUGGACCUUUCUAGUUGUGUACAUAGUAGUAGCCAACGAAACAAAUCAACGGAUAAAUGCAACAAAUACUUCGAUAUUCUUGAUUUUCAUCAAUUUCAUCCAUGUUCAAGGUACAUAGUCGACCUAACAUGUUCACUGUGUGGCAUUUCCCGGUCGAAACGGAUUAAGCAUAGCUCUUCACUUUCAAACAAUGAUCUUUUGAAGGCCCCUGUAUGUUGUGUCGACCUUUUGCUUGCUGUCUGCAAAGCGUGGAGAUGGAAGGAUUUAAGCCCUGGCGAUUACCUCAGACGAAUUGGACCUUGUCAAUUUUCAGAAAAGCAAACAAACUCAAAAAUUUGUUUAAAUCCUUAUCAUUGGAGUCGAGUACUACAUGUUCAAGAUAAAAUUCAUGAAAAUGUUCAUUGUUCAAAUUAUUCUUCAGAUCCAGAUAUUGUUUGUUUGGGAUUGAAACACAUCAAUAAUGCAAAUUACAAUAAUCGUGAAUGUCAUCUUAAAGAAUCUAAUGCAGAUUCAGAAUAUUCUAAGAAUUUGGCGCCACUGUCUACAUUAUCUUCAUCUUCCUCAUCUUCAACGGAAUCAACAUCUUCAGAAACACAAAUCUCAACAUCUUACAUGGACCGAUCAUAUGAUUCAGUCAUCUCGUAUGAUUUAAUUACAAAUAAUUUUGCCGAGCCUUUACUUGCUAAGCAUGAUGGUUGUGUAAAAACAAAAAUUACCAACUAUUCACUUCAAUUUCUUCAUAAAUUACAACAAAACUUACACAUGGAUUUAUCACAUUCUUAUUCAUGUUUAAUGAAAUGGGAAAAGUUGAGCAACAAUACAGAUUUUGCAUUAUCUACUCAUCUAGUUCCAUCCAACGGCUUAAAUCAUAAUACAUCAACGACAGCUUCUACUACUAUGACAUCAUUAAGCAGUUCUGAUGAAUUACAUGAUUGUCACUCCAUUGUAUCUACUAUCAAUACCAUAGAUUUAAAAAAUUCUAAUCUACACUUUAAUCCCCUUCUUCUUUCUUCUCUCCAUAAUAAUUCUGUUGUACUAAAUACCGGGAAAUCAUGUCUACAUACUGAUCAUUGUUCUCCCUCUUCUCCAUCUAAUCUUAUUAAACCGUGGGCAAAUAUUUCCUACUGGGAGUCACAUCAUCAUGUUGGACGUAGAUGGUAUCAGAUUACAAAUCGUAAAUUGCAUAUUGUCUACAACGACGGUGAUAUUAUUUACGAUGAUGAUGAUGAUAAUGGUGGUCGUAAUGUCAAGAACAAAUCGGAUUCAUCUCUUAAAGUACAUAUACAUAAUGAAAAUUAUUCAAAUGAUAAGCGUAAAUCUCAACAAAAUGAUUGUAUAUAUUUAUCUCUACUAACAUUAUAUCAAUCAAAUCAAGUAAAAUAUAAUUAUAAAUCAGAAUUUCACAGAAAAAAUAAACUUGUCAACAAUUCCACAGUCACUUCCGCUAUCACCAGUCAUACGAAUAAGAUUAACAGUAAUAACAAUAAUCAUAUCAUCAGAUCAUCUUCAAAACAAUGCAGAAAAUGUUAUCAUGAUAUGGAUUCCUUUAAUAAUAAUAAUCCAUCUGUUAUACCAAAUCUAAUUGUUCAAUCAUCACUGCAUAAUAAAUCAUCUUCUGGCUGGAAACAAUGCUGUCGUCUAGGCAAUCAGGGUAUAUCGCUUACACUUACUCCUUAUGGUUGUGUUUGGUUAAGUAACCAAGCUUUAGCUACAAACUUGCCUGUAUUUGUAUCUUCACCGUUUUUACAACUUCAAAAUGCUAAUGUUUCUUCAUCAUCAUUGCUUAAUGGUAGUACAGAUGAAUUUCUGGUUGAUCGACCUGUAUAUCGUGUACCGGCUGGUUGUUCUCUUUUGGUUUUCGAUCUAUCAUCAUCCUAUGAAAGCUGGUUACAACAAUAUUCUUCUUCUUCCUCCUCUGCUUCGUCAUCAUCCUCCUCCUCCUCCUUCGUGUCAUCAUCAUCAUCAACAUCUGAUCGUCAUUAUGGCGGUAACAAUCGUCAUGGCGACAGUAAUCAUUUAAGUAACAAUGAUAAUAAUGAUCAUCAUAAAAAUAACAAUAUGAAUUUUGAUGAGUUGCACAAAACUCAUUUAUUGGCGAACAGCAGUGAUCUAUGCAAAAAUCCAAUUAUUCAUAUAAGCUUAGGUAAAGGUUGGGGACCAUCAUAUCGUCGACCAGAUGUUACACAUUGUCCAGCACGUUUAGAAGUAUGGAUUAAUUUACAACAUUUGUUUUCGUUAUUUAUUGCAAGUAAAUAGAAUAAUUACAAAAUGUUUAACAAGAAUUGAUUUCUUUCAAUAUUAUUAUUAUUAUUAUUAUCGUUCUUAGCAUUUUUCUUCUAUUUCUCCCUCCACACUUACCUCGUUUCGUUAUGAUUGUCAUUUCACAAGCAAUAGUAUAUGUGUAACGUGGAAAUAAUGAGGAGGAAGUGUUAUGUGUCAUUCAAUGAUGAAUUUUUACAAAGCUCAAUUAAUAAAUAGUGAAUAAUUAUAAACUAACAGGCAGUUAGUACUUAACAAAAUGGCUUAAUUAUUUUCAUAAUAUUUACUCUGUGAUAUAUGUAUAUUCUUAUUUCAUUCAUUCUAAUUAAUCUAUGACGUUAGCAUUUAAUGAAUAUUGUUCUUUUUUAUGUAAUGAUGAUUGAUAUUCUGAAUAACUAACUAUUUCAUGUAUAUUUUUUUGUACAUACCUAU